AUACUUAAUAGAAAAAACAAACGAACGGUGGAAUCGAAAUUGGAAGAAUGUAUAUAACCUCAAAUUGCACCGAUUAAACAAAAAUUUAACGCCUAUCGGCAAUCCAAUUCGAUAGAGAAGAACGGACAAUAAUAAACCGACUCCAAGGAGAGGUCUCCAAGCAUGACCCUGACUUGCUAAUAAAUUUUUGUACAGUAGAUAAUGAAAAGCUAUAGCUAAUAGUAUAUAGUUUUAAGGGUAGAUGGUUUAUCAUUUAUAAAAUAUACACAUUGUAAAUGACUACUGUGUAGCAUAAAAAACAUAGUCAUUUGAAGGACGCAAAGACUGUCGUAAGGCAGUCUUCCAACAGGUAGAAGUGUGGAUCGCUCGUGUAUACGUUAAUUCAAGUCAUACGGAAAUUUUUAUAUAAAACAUAUAUAACGUAUAAAAGAAUAAAAUAUGUCGAUCGAUACUUCGUUUUAUAAUAAUGUGUUUCUACUUAUGCAAGUUGUGCCAGCAUCGUUCGAAUGUACCAAACACUUGAGAAAGGGAAUGUUUGAUAAGCCUAAUUCUUCUGGUUUCAUUCAUGUCUCGCAUUACUUGUUGUCCGUGCAUAAUUCGAAGGAAUUUAAAAAAAUGGUUAACUGGCCGAUAAUGAACAAAGCGGAUGAAAAACGAUAUCGUGCAGAAAUAAAAAAUUAUUUAGAGAUUUUAGCUAACGAAAAUCCUGAUAUAGAAUUUCCACAAAUACUCAUAUCUCGAUUAUUUCACGCAACAGGAACGAAAUUCUUGAAUAUUAUGUGGAAAAUAUCAGUAAUUAGCCUUAGAGCUUACCUUAGUAGACAAAAUGAUACAACAUUAUUACAGCCUCCAAAAGCAGGGAUCAACUACAAUAUAACUAAAACUUUCUUAAUCAAUAUAAAUCGAAGACAUAACAUUAAUAUUUUUAAGUUUCACAAAAAGAUAAAACUUAUUUCAAAAAAUUUUGAACACUAUAUGCAAAACACAAGUGAUCAUUUAAAAACUGUACAAACUGACAUCUUUAAUACAAUGGAAACAAUAGAAAAAUGGAUACCUAUGGCUCCAGUUAGCCCAUUAAUUCUAGCAGAAUUAAGAAAUAUUGAAAACUCAGACAUUAUAAACAUGUGGAAAACAAAUAUUAAAGAUAAUAUUAAGUAUCUUCAAAACAUCAAAUCAAAUUUAAACAAACUGAAAAUUCUUAGUAAUACAUUAGACAAUUUAAGUACGAAUUUAUUUGUUGAUUGUAAAAUUUUUCAUGGUAAAGAUCUUACAAAUAUAAAUACUGGAAUAGUACCUCUGUGUUUUGGUAACAACAUACAGCACAUUAACAAAGGAUUAUAUAAGAAUGGCUGCUUAAUACUUCACACUCUAUUGUUAAUAUUCAAUAAAACAUUAAAGCAUAUGGAAUAUUGCCUAACAGUAAAUAUUCCAAUAGACUUAUCAAACUACGAAUCAACAAUUUUCGAGCACUGUGAAAAGCUAAAAUCCAUGGAAGAAUCAUUUCAAAAACUGGAAUUCAAAGUUUCCAAUAAGUUACAUGAUGUACAAUGUCAUACUUCACAAGAGAAAUCUUUAAACUAUACUAUGGAAACAGAUUUCUUUAAUUUGAUGAGUGAAAAAAUAUUGUACACUUCACCAGAACUGAACUUUUCUAUUAAUGUAUGCAAAGGAGAUGAAAAAUUAUACAAAAGAUUAUGCUUUUCACCAUUGAAAGGUAAAUACAACCAUUUGUUUAAAAGGCAUCCACUUAAUAGACAGUAUAAAACAGUUUCACCUAACCAAUCACCAGUAAACAAUCAAUUUAAUAACAGUCUGGAAAAUGUUAUGCAGACUUGGAACUCUCCUAAGAGACAAUUAUUAACAUGUAACCAGAAAACUCCUAAUAAAAGAGAGAUGUCUCCAAUAUAUACACGAUUGUUUAGUCCAAGCAGUUCAAAGCAAAAUAAUUUUAAGGGUAAUAAUGCAGCAUCUACUCCAAUGAGAUCACAAAUAGUCGAAACACCAAAGAGAUCCAAAACUCAAAGCAUGGAACUUGAAUCUGUGAAUGUAAAUGAUACAAUGAAAGACAUUUUUGAUCUUUCAUGUAAAAUUACGAAGCUCGUAGAAUCUUUACCCACACCGAGUAUGUAACAUCGAUUUAAGAGAAAAGUAAAAUAAAUCUAUGUAUGCACAUAUUAGGCGAAUAAAAAUGAUAUUUUGACUACAUAUAAUGAUCGUAUUUCUUACAUGUUUUUUGAUUAUCGAUAAUCCUCGUGUUUGCACAGUUAUAGCG